UGAUUCACGAAAUAUUAUAAACCAUAAAAAAUGAUUUUUUUGAAGUUUUAAAACGUGAUAAUCUUACAUGUAUAAUUCAGUAUUCUGUUUCCAUUAUUGUUAUUGGAAUAUCAAUAAAUUGAAAAUUCUAAAAUGGGCAGCGACUUAAAUGCAUACCCUACAUGUUCACAUGCAAAGGGUGAUAGGUUAGCUUUAAUUGCUAAGUUCAUAGAAAGAAGCAACUCAAUUUAUCUUUUUUCCUUUUUUUUUUGGUGGGUUUUAUACGCUUCACAGGCGAAGCAUCAGAUGUCAUAGUUGAAAUCAAAAGUUCACUUUGGAUUUGUAGUUGAUUCUCAGUAGUGUUACGGUGAUGUCAGUGGAGGAAAGGCCGUCAUCUUCAUCUUCAACGUCGUCAACGACGUCGUCGUGUAUGGUGGUGGAUCCGUUGUUGAGGGAUCUGAGUGAGAAGAAACAGAAUUUCCGGCGAAAUGUAGUGUCCCUUGCAGCGGAGCUCAAGGAGGUUCGCAACCGUCUCGCUUCUCAAGAACAAUCUUUUGUUCGUGAAACCAUAACCAGACAGGUAGCAGAGAGUAAAGCUAAGAAAAUGGAAGAAGAGAUAAACAAAUUGCAAAAGAAUUUGGAGCAGAAAGACGGGCAGCUUCAAGUUUCUUCUUUAAACACCGAGAAGUAUCUCAAGCAGUUGGAUGAUCUUAGAUCACAGCUUUCUGCUACUCAAGCAACUGCAGAUGCAAGUGCUGCAUCAGCUCAAUCUGCACAGCUUCAGUGUUUGGCACUUUUGAAAGAGUUGGAUGUGAAAAACAGUUCAUUGAAGGAACAUGAAGUUCGUGUAAAUAAACUUGGUGAGCAAUUAGAUCUUUUGCAAAAGGAUCUGCAAGCAAGGGAAUCAUCUCAAAUGCAAUUGAAAGAUGAAGUCCUGAGAAUUGAGCAUGAUAUCAUGCAAGCAUUAGCGAAAUCUGGAGCAAACAAAGAUUGUGAAUUGAGGAAGAUUUUAGAUGAGGUCUCACCAAAGAAUAUUGAGAAGAUGAACAAGCUGUUGACGAGUAAAGAUGAAGAAAUUGCCAAACUCAGGGAUGAAAUCAGGAUCAUGUCUGCCCAUUGGAAGCUAAAAACCAAAGAGUUGGAGUCUCAGUUAGAAAAGCAUCGUAGAGCUGAUCAAGAGUUGAAAAAGAGGAUUAUGAAGUUGGAAUUCUGUCUCCAAGAGGCGCGAACUCAAACUCGCAAGCUCCAAAGGAUGGGGGAACGACGUGACAAAGCUAUUAAGGAACUCAGAGACCAAUUAGCAACUAAGCAAGUCGGAACUUCCAGCAAUGAUAAACAGAACUUCUGGGAAUCCUCAGGGUUCAAGAUUGUUGUUUCAAUGUCCAUGUUGGUGUUAGUCCUCUUUUCGAAGCGGUGAUAAUAUUGUGUGUAUUUAACUUUGUAAAAAAGGAGAUAUGUAGCUAGUAGUCAACUUGGGGAGAGAUUAGGAAGAGCUGUAGAUCUGCAGUUUCAUAUGUAGGAAUAUUAAUCGUAGGGUAUCUUUUUGUACCUCACGCUAUUACAGCUGAACACAUCAUGUUGAUCCUCAAUAAUUAGAUCAACGAAGUACUCGUCGACGUUAUAUAAUCAUAUUCUCAAAGUGCAUAAUUGUA